CACUCAAUAAAAAACAAAACACACCACCUAUUUUUUAUUAUUCUGGCCAAUUCCGUUGAAGCACUUUGAAGUUGUACCGAUCAACGCGAUCAACAGGACGCCUCAUUCGCCGUUUGUCUUUUGAUAUGUCUCUAUCAAUGAACAAAAUGUGAAGCCUGAGAAUUUUGUGUUUCAUUUGGUCAUCCAUUUCAACGAAUGAAAUAAAAACCAGUGGAAUUGAAUUAAAGUUUUACACAUCAAUGUGAAGCGUGCACAUGAAGAAAAGAUUUGUACUUUGCUUGAUAAAUAAAUUUCGAAAGCAAUAAAUAUUUCUACGAUCAUGAAUUUUCAGUGGCUGAUUGACCAGUGUCAGCGAGAUCAACGUCGAGUAAUCCAGUUAAUCUGUUCGGAUGAUGUGAAUAAUUAUUACUCGGAUGAUGUAUCAGAUGUAACUGAAUUUCAAGUUAGUUAUAUCAAACCAUCAAGUGUCCAAGUAACAUUAAAAAAUGAUUGUCAAUUAAAAUUUGCCAUAAGUGAAGCAUCGACAUUUAUUCAUGAUUAUACAUAUGAUUGUUUUUAUAAUUCAAAAGAUUCUAUUAAAACAAAAGAAUUUAUAUCUCUUGGUGAUAUAAAAAAAUUAAACAAUCCAUCAAAUAAAAUGACACCUGGACAAAUUAUUGAAACUGAAAAUUUCAUUGUUGUUGUUGUUUUAAAAACAAGCAGAUUUGAAAUUGAUGAAUCAUCUGGUAAAUCAAUAUUUAAACGAGAAAAAUAUAUUUAUACACCACCAUUACGUGAACGUGCUAUAGCUGUUAAUAAAAAUAUUCAUUUAUUUAUUAUUAUCAUGACACCAAGUUCAAUUAUCACAAAUGCCAAUAACAUGCCAGUUGAUUUGAUUCAUCAUUUAAUUAGUCGACAUCGUUUUGCUAUUGCAAUUGGAGAAAAAUUACUUGAAGAGCUGAAAUUUAAUAUAUUUGAAGAAGGAAAAAAAAAUGAUUAUCAUCGUGAAUGUGAAUCAAUAUUUCAAGCAAUAUAUAUUAAUAGAUUGCCCAAUGAUACAUUUUUUACUGAAAAAGUAAUUGAACAUUGUAAAAAUCCAAUUGAUGCUCGUGAUUAUUGUAUAGCUCGAAAACACAUGACACAUGCACAAAAAUUAGCUGAAGAAAAAUUGCAUAAGGAAACUCAUAAUAACAAUGGUGAACUUGAUCAAGAAUUUAUUAAAAAUCAAAGACUUGUAAAGUUGAAUGCAAAAUGGUCACAAAUGUGUAAUGCACAAAAAAACAAGGUCAAAACAAUAACACAUAAGUGUGUUGUUCAAAUACCAUAUGUUAAUUUGAGACCAUUAAAUCAAGAUGAAAUAAAUAACAAUAGUAUUGAUUUUACUGACUGGACAGUUGGUAAAAGUGAUAAUCCAACUCACUGGUUAAUUAAAGAAUCAAUUAAUUGUGUUAAAUCAUCAUCUAAUUCAACAGUAAUAAAUUCAGCUGAUGAACAUAAUGAUGAUGUUGAAAUACAACUUGCGAAACACAACAUGAAGUAUCAUCGAGUUGAGCCAAGUCUGCCAAUGAAUAUAGCUGAACAACUAGCAACAUGGGGUGUUAAUAAAGAAUCGUUUGAAAAUAAUAGUGAAGUUUAUAAAAAUGCAGUACAAGAAAGGUCAACACCAUAUUCUUUAUUGACAAAUACUGAUGAUAUAAAUAAAUGGAUAACAAGUGUUGAUCAUUUUCAAUUAUUACCACAUAAAUAUUUUGAUAAUGAAUAUUCAAGAGAUUCCAUGAUAAAAAAAGCAAUUAAAAUUUCAAGUUUUAAUACAAAUGAUGUUGCAUUUAGUGAGGAUGUACUGGAUAGAUUUAAAUCAUCAAAAAUUGGCAGGUGGUCAAGAAUAAUGUCUGAUGUUGGUGAUCAAUUGUCCAUUGCAUUACAUCAACGUGCCAAGAAAAAUGAAUGGUUAUUAAAAAAAUUGAGAUAUUUUAACAUGUAUUUAUUGAUAAAACCAACUGAUCAAUCAGAAAAUUUGUACUACACUCUAUUUUGGAAAAAUAGUGAAGAGAUUUAUUCAAGAGGUAAAGAUUCUGAUGAUUGUUUUGUCACUAAAAAUAUUCAUACUGAUGGAUUUAUAUCAUGGGUUGAUUUAUCAUCACAAAAUACAUCUAAACUUGUUAACUUGGUUGAAUUUGAGUCUCAACUUUUGUGUAAUUUUGUAUUUGAAUGUGAAAAUUUUAAUUUAAAUUUCAUGCUAAAAGAAGAUAUAUUUGUUGAUGAAACAAGUGAAAAAAUAUCAAAUGCUAGACAGAGUCUUUUGUUGAGUAUGUUGGUGAUGAAUAAUGAUAAAAUUAAACUAGAUGAAUUAAUGUCUAAUGCAAGAUUUAUUGUGAUGGAAGGAUUUAAAUCACACCCACUUGUUCCUGAUCCAGGUAAAAUGUUGGAUAAAUUUCCAACAGUUUAUAGAAAUAGAUUAGAAAUUUGGGCAGCCAAUAGAAUGCUUGAAACAUCAAGAAAAAUCAUUGAAAAUUUAGGAUAUGUUUGUGAUAACACAUCUAAUGAUGAAGACUCAUUCAAGUGGACUGGUUUAUUUGAUCCAUUUCUUCAUAUUCCAUUGGCAAAUCCUCAUCAGCUAAUCAAUGCAGUCUAUUACAAUUAUUGCAAAAAUAAAGAUGAACUGGCCCAUGUCAGUGGUAGUUCAAAAAUGAUGGCUAAAAUAUUAUCAUAUGAAGAUCGAUUACCAUUGACAAAUGAUUAUCUUGGCUCAUAUUCACCUAAUGAUUUAACGUAUUACACUCAUGAAUUUUCACCACAUCUUGUUAGAGUUAUGUCCAAAGGGCUUGCUGAAAAGUUGGAAAACAAAUUGGGUCUUGAAUGGAAGACAAUUAUCAAAGGUGAAAUAUUUGAUGAUUUAAAUUAUCUAGACUUGGAGACAAUAUCAACUCUAAAAGCCAGUGCUGCUUUUACUGACUCUGGUGAAUCAAGAGGCAAAAGACCAAGAGCCGUUGAAGAAAUAAGAAAAAUUUGGUCUAGAUCAGGUAAAACAGGAUGGCAAGCAAUUCAUUUAUUACUUCCAGCAUUAACAGAAACAUAUAGAACACAAGGAUUACGUAUUGACUUGAUGAGAAAAAAUCAACAUGGUGGUUUACGUGAAGUUUACAUCAUGAGUAUUUCAUCAAGAAUAAUACAAUUAGUCUUGGAACAAAUUUCAAGAUCAUUAUGUAAACAUUUUAAUUCUGAAAUGUUAACUCAUUCAAGUAUGAGAUUAUCAACACCAGCUGAUCAUUCAGAAAAAGCCAAAAAAAUGUCAAAAGGUCAAAAUAAAAAUAUAACAGUAUGUACAAGUGAUGAUGCAUCAAAAUGGAAUCAAGGACAUUUUGUUACAAAAUUUGGCAUAAUGUUAUGUCAAUUAACUGAUCCAAUAUUUCAUCCAUUCAUCAUAAGAGCAUUGGAUUUAUGGACCAAAAAAAAAAUAUAUUUACCAAGAGCAUUGAUAAAUAUGUUUGAAAAUAAUCCAAAUUACAACAGUGUACCUGGUGAUGAAUAUAUCAAUAAAAUUUACAAAUGUUAUAUUGGUUUUUCAUCAGAAAAAUGGAUGCAACCAAAGACCAAUUAUAUUCAAACAAAAAGUGGCAUGAUGCAGGGUAUUUUACAUGUAACAAGUUCAUUAUUUCACACAUUGAUUCAAGAAUAUAUGAAAGAUCAAGUUCAGGUGAUAAUAACAAAAAAAUAUUUCAAUAUUGAUAGAGUUGUAACUGUAAUGCAAUCAUCAGAUGAUAGUGGUAUGAUGGUAAGUCUACCAACUGAUAAUGAUGAAGAUGCAUCAAAUAAAAAACUCUUGAUAACAUCAUUAUUUUAUAUGAAACAUGAACUUGGAAAAAUGAUUGGUAUAUAUCCAUCAGAAAAAUGUACAGUUGGUACAAUAAAUAUAUUUGAAUUUAAUUCAGAAUUUUUUAUUUGGGGUAGUGCUGUUAGACCAACACGUAAAUGGAUUUAUGCUGUAAGUAGUAUUGUUGAAUGUGAUUCAUUAUAUGCAAGACAAAUGGCAAAUUAUAAUUUAAUAAGUGAAAUACUUGAAGGUGGUGGAAGUAGUAUCACUGCUUGGUUUUGUCAAAUAUCACAAGCAAUGAUGUAUUAUCGAAUGUUGGGUUGUAGUAUAAGUCCAUUAUGGUAUGAAUAUGCUGAAAAAAUAUCAAAAAUUUUAGAUCCAACAAUGGGUUUUUAUUAUAUUGAUAAUCCAAGAUAUUGUGGUUUAGCAUCAAUACGUUUUGGUCUUUGGUUAUUGACUAAAAAUAGUCAAAUUUUAUCGAAAAAAUUAAAUCAUAUUAUUCAUGCAUCUGCUGAAAAAAGACAAGAAGCUAAAAAAGAAGGUUUAGCUGAUUUUCAUGAUAUAAUGGGUGUACUUGGUGCUAGUUUUGUCACUGGAACAUCAACAAUUAAUACUGAAAACUUGGAAAAAUUAAAGAAAAUAGUAAACAAUUUAAAUUUAAAUCCAAAAUGGCAAGAACAAGUUGAAAAUCGUCCAGUUGUUUUAUACAGACCAGCAUUAAAUGCCGAUGAGUAUGAUUUAAAAUUAGCUGUAAAAAUGCAUCAACCAGGUAUCAGCACAUCAUUGUCUAGAGAAAAUUGUGUAUCACGUAUGAUUUUUUCUAGUCUUAAUUUUCUCAGUAAUAAUAUUUCAUUACCAAUUGUCAAUGAUGUCAAUGAACAAGAACUAGAUGAAGAAGGAGAAUGUAUUAUUUUUCCUCUUAAACAAGAAUACUUACAGCUUGUUAAUUUGGCAAAUGAAAUUGAUUUAACUGGUACACUAAAUAGCUAUCAAAAUUUAAAAAAGAAAAGAUUUGAUAUUGUUGUAUUUAAAUCACCAAUACCAAAUGAUUAUUCACUGGAAAAAUUAGUUGCUUGGAAAUGGUUUGGCAUGAAAAUACCAUUGUCAAAUAGUUUAGCUGAAAAAUUAUUCAAACAGUAUAAAAAAAAUAUCAGAUGGCUCAAGGAUACACCAAAAGAAACUCUUUUAAAAUCACCAUUUAUCAAUCAAAUCAUGAUGCAAACAUACUUGUCAAGUUCUGAUUUAAAAGAUCGUACAAUACUGAUAAAUACAAGUGUCGUUGGGGCAAGAUCAACUCUGAGUGUUAUAUUAUCACAAAACAUGUGGCCAAAUUGGCGACCAAACUGUUGCAGACCAACUGAAUUAAUUCAUGAUAAUCUACAGCUUCUAUCACAUGGUAUUUACAUGAGCACUUGCAGUGGAAUGGAGAGAAAAAUAAUUAAUAAUACUAUUUUAAAUUUAUUGAAAUAUUCAAAGCCACUUUUACCACCGACUAUUAAAAUAAUUCACAGUCCAAGAUCUGCUUUGUAUUUGAUGCAAAGAUUAGCACAAAGAAUGACAUCUUUACAUGAUAAUGAUUCAAGUAUUAAUAUAACUAAAACAAAUUUAAGAAAUUGGAUACAUGAUUGCUAUUAUUAUGCAAUUGGUUGUUUUGGUUAUUUUGUUGAUAUUAAACAAAAUGCAAAUGAACAAAGUAAUGGUGAAUUUAUAUGGUCUGGUAGAAUGGAUAAAUGUGUUAUUCAAAUACAUGGUGAUAGCUACAGAACAUAUGAUGCUUGUGUUACUAAAAUAAUAGUUAACAGUAGUGAAAAUUUUCACGCUGCUUGGCCAAUAUUUAAGCAGUGGCUAGAAGAUCAUAAAGUUUUAUUAGAUUUACCAAGAAAAUACAAUAUAAUAAAAGGUGACAAAAUAAUUGCCAGAAUAUUGAAUAAUAAAUUAACAGUUGAACGAUUGAAAACUGCAAUUGGAAUUCCAGUUGUAAUGAAUACGUAUACAAAUUUUAUUGAGCUCGAUGAAAAUUGGUUUGAUAUUUCAACAAUAUUUUUUGAAUCUGAUGAGCAUAAAAUAUCCGUUCAGAUAACCAUGAAAGAUAAUAAGUCACAAACAGUGUUGUCUUGUCCAAUUGAAUACUUGGAUAAAUCAAUUAUUUCAUUACCAAUAACUGCUUAUGAUUUCAUGCCAAAUCCUCCAGUAUUAUGGAAAAAUUUUGUAACAUUAAAGUUACUAUCAGCUGAUAAAAUUGAUAAAUUACUUAGAAUUAUUAUUGCCAAUAAUUAUCAAGAAAUAUUGACUUCUGAAAACAAUGAUAUUUUACCAGAUAAAAUAAAGAAAUUAUUUUGGGAUUGUGCUGAAUCAUCAACAUUAGAAAUUGAUAGAUCAAUUGAGACUGACGAAAAGUCGGACGAAGAAUAUUCAAUUGAUUACCUUCUACCUGAUUACUAUGAAAAUAAGAUAAAUAGUUGUGAAACUAAUUUGAUUUUGAGUUGUAAUACUCAAGAUAACAUGCUAAAUGUCGUUGAGGCAACUUCAACAUGGAGUUCUACACACAUCAAUGUAUCAAAUUUAAUGAUUAAAAAAUGGUUGGACCAAUUGGCUAAAAAAUUCUCGUCAACCAAAAUGACCAAUGAAACUUAUUGGCCAGAUCAUUAAUUAACAUUUUUAUUGUUAGUUAACUUCAAACCGUUUGAACAUGUUGUAACUGGAGGCUUUAACUCUUGAUAAAAUAAUAUUAUC